AUGCGCUACCUGCGCUUUGACAGAAGGGAAGACAGGCAAGCUUGUCUGUGCAAUGACAAAUUUGCCCUGAUGUCUGAGGUGUGGGAUGGAUUUGUCAGCAACAGCAUUGCUUGCUACAAACCUGGGGCGUGCAUCACUGUGGAUGAGCAGCUGUUCCCCACCAAAGCCCGUUGCCGGUUUACGCAGUAUAUGGCGAAUAAGCCGGACAAAUUCGGCAUAACGUUCUGGCUUGCUGCAGAUGUCGAGACCAGAUACUUUUUGAACGGCUUCCCAUACCUUGGCAAGGAUGACACGAGACCAGCCCAUCAACGCCUGGGGGAUAGUGUGGUCAUGAAGCUGGUGGAGCCAUAUGUGGGACAGGGAAGAAAUGUCACAACAGACAAUUUUUUCACGUCCCUCAACCUGGUCAAAAAACUGCUGCAGAAGAACACCAGCUUGGUCGGUACCAUGAACAAGGCCAGAAGAGAGCUGUCGCCUUCAGUUCGGGUGCAGAGUGCAGAGAGGUUUGCCACAACGAUCCUCAAACAUGAGCGGGCAACCCUAACGGUUUACCAGGGGAAACCAAGGAAGAGUGUGGCACUCCUGAGCACCAUGCACCCAACUGUCUCCAUUAGGAGUGACAGAAAAAGAAAGCCUGAGACUGUCACCUACUAUAAUGUCACGAAGGUUGGGGUUGAUGUGCUGGACCAGAUGGCUCUGCAGUACACCAUAAAAGGUGGAACACGGAGGUGGCCUGUCGCUGUGUUUUAUAACAUUCUGGACAUGGCUGUGAUAAACGCCCAUGUCCUAUUCAAGGCUGCACCUCGAGCACCAUUCCGAGAAGAGCCUUCAUCCUUGAGCUUGCAAAGCAACUUCGAGAAGAACACCUGCAUGUCAAGGCCAGUCUGA